GCGGGCAAGUCGGUCGUUGCUGGGUCGCCUCGAGGUGUGAACAUGGCUAAAGUUUUCCUGCGUGGGCUUCUGCAGAAGGCUCACGUUGUGUCCCCGACCAAGGGGCUUUGGAUAUUUAUUGAUGGCGCUGUCUGCCGCAAUCAAGGAGUCGAGAUGAGGGUUGUCGGAGAUAUGCAAAAGGCUGCCGGAUCCCUGGCCACCUCCUUCCAGCAGGCACGGCUCGCCGUUUCAGACAAGACAAGAUUGGUUGUGAGCUCUCCGGGCACCGGGAAGGAGCUGAUCUCCUCUCUCACCGCAGAAGGCAUUCCAUCCAAACUAACUGGUUCAGCGGUGGAUCUUGGCGGGGAUGCUGCAGGUGCUACGAGGAGCCAGAAGAAGUUCCGCAUGCGGCUCAAAAGUGCCAAGUUGCGUUCCAACCAGACCCAGAAGCUGCGCCGACUGCAUGGGAGCCACAAGGAUUGGUCUUUUCCUAUCGUUGGCGACGACGCCUUCCUGGGCGCUGUCUUGGGCGACUUUGAUGAGUUGCUCGCCGCUUUCUCAGCUGACGUUGCUCGGCUUGGAUGGCGCAAGGCUGCUGCCCACCCCCACGGCGAGACCCUCACUGGCGGUGCCGAUCUGCAGCUGGUACAGGCUGAAUUGAAUUCCUUCGCGAAGAAGGGCUCCAUGGACUUAUGGGGAGGGACGCUGACGGUGGUCUCCGGUGGAG